AUGCCCCGUUUAUUGACUAAGAGAACGAAAGCUGCACCAGAGGGAUUCGAGAAGAUAAAACCGACUUUGACUGAGUUCGAGUUGAAGUUGAAAGAAGUCGGUACCGAGAAAGAUUCAAAACUUUCUAGUAAAGCAAAUGAAAAUCUAUGGAAAAUCAUGCAAAUACACCAUGAAAGAUCGCGGUAUGUAUAUAAGCUGUACUACAAGCGUAAAUUGAUCUCUCGAGAACUGUAUGAAUGGCUUUUGAAAGAGAAAUAUGCUGAUAAACAUUUAAUAGCUAAAUGGCGGAAGAAAGGGUACGAAAAACUAUGCUGUCUUAGAUGUAUCCAGGCAGGCGAAACCAACUAUGGUAAUACAUGUAUAUGUAGAGUACCCAGGAUGCAAUUAGAAGCCGAUGCCGAGAAGAAAGGCCUCGACUUUACCUUCAAACAGUGUGUUCACUGUGGAUGCCAUGGCUGUGCAAGUACGGAUUGA